AUGGCCAAAAAUCCUGUCUCCCGCGCCAACCACGUCGCCUAUCCGACUCUCGACCUGAAAUCCCAGCUAGACUCGUCAUCCUUCCCAUCAACACCGCCCAAAUCAUCUCAGCACUCCACCCACGCCGAGCCGCAUUCUCCACCACAUUCCCUUGCCCACGAUGCUCACUCAUGCGCGGAGAAUCCGCGCCUAUCACACCUGGUGUCCGACCGACCUGCGUCGCUGUCGAAUUCGUCCAUGGCCUCGGCUCCCUUCCCAAAGGUGACACAGGCCCGGGCCUUCCACCCCUCCCAGCCCGCUUUGCCUGCCGCCGCUUUCAUCCUCUCAUCCAAUACACAGCCUGCAUCUAUGUCAGACAGCGAGCCCUUUACCUGGCAAGAACACAGUGGAUGGGCACAGAAAAAACAUAAUAUGACCUUAGGUGCGUUGGCCAUUGAACCAGCCCCGCAGCGCCCUAGAACCCACGUAUCCGUCUCUGCCACCGAUUACGACGACGACGAGGAUGACGACGUAGCACAUUCUUCCGACCAUGAAAAUGCUUUUUACAUUCUGGUACGUUGUUAA